AUGUUGGCAACGAUUACACCUACCUCUGGUCAAGUGGCUCUUGCCCAAGAUACUCCUACCUCUAGCAACAGCGUAUCCUAUCGCUUGCUCGACGACGUCGACAUCAUCGAAACCAUGUCAACUUUACGCGAUCUUAUCGGUCAUCCAAUCACUCCCACAAUCAUCACCAAGCAAUUCGCACCAACUCCCCGUCGGGAUGGGUUUUCGCGCCAACGAAUCACUCACCAUCACUCCCUCUCCUUUGCCAAACUCCAGCCGCGGACUAUCACCUCUAUCAAUAGAGGUAGGAAGGCUUCACGUCCGACUUCGAAGCGGUUCGACAGACGGCAAUCGCGCACCUACUGGCCUGUUUGGUACCAGAAACAGCGCCGGCGGGAACGCAAAGAGGCCGCACGUAACAUGAAGUUAGACGAACAGCGGCGGUUGGAGUUGAUGGAACUUUGGGAGGACGAGUUCUUCCAGAUCUUGAUAGUUUCUACGCUCGCACAUGAGAUGAACUCGGUCGCCCAGCUCGGCGGCGCUGGCAACACUAUCUCCCUUGGGAAGAGGAAGCGGGAUACCAACGACGAAAAGGAGGAGGAUGCCGAAGUGGAUGAUCAGAGAUCUGAGACAAUAGCCAGGGCUUCGCCGAUGAGAGAUAACACCAUGCUUGGAGUAUGGGCUGGACGACUGCGUUCAUGGGCUGUCAAAGAAGAACAGAAGAAGCUAGGAAAAGGAGGAGAAGAUCAGAGUGCAAGUGGCGGCCGUUCAAAGAAGGAGGACAGAGACAGGAAGUAG